GUAAAUCAGCAUUAGUUUCUCUUUGUUCCUGGGUGAUGAGUGAGUGCACAGAGCUCCAGUAGGUGGCGCUGUGAGCGUCUAGAUGUCCCACAUUCCCAGAACUAGAAGAAGACGUGCUGCAGUGUUGCUGAUUGAUGAGCUGAGCUCUCCGACUCUACUAAUCAUCUUUCCAUUCAGAUAUUUCUCCCAGGGUUUUACCUCCACACUUCCAUCUGCUCAAGCUCAAGAGUCCGUCUGAUCCUCAGACCGCCCUUUCGUCUGGCACUGAGGGAAGCCGGGGCGCUGGGUGGCGUAGGUCAUCACCGUGGCAGCAGAUGCGCUGGAUCCCAACCCCUAGCGUGACAUUCAGCUCCACAGGGAGUACGUUGUCUUCAUGAACAUUACUUACAGGUGUGUUUUAAAGGUUAACGUCACCCUGGUGUUGUGAAUGCAGAGUUAUCUCUGGACAACUUCUUGGUUUGUCCGAAGGCGAGUCUUGUUCCUCGUGGUAUUGUGGGUACGUGUUGUCCAGGUGAGAAUGGCGCAAAAUAGAAAGCUACUUGUGUAUGUACCUGUGAUUUAUAAACCUCUGAUAACCAACCAGCCCUGCGAGAACUCUGCGAGGAGGUUCCACUGAAAAAUAGCUGGUUUUUCUUUCAAUUCUUUAUUUCAUUGUUUUGCUUUUACUGAAUAUAAUGUGCACAGCUCCAGAGUAAUAUACUUUUAGCAUAAAAAGUCACCAGUGUUUGACGGUCUUUAUGAUCAUAGCAUCCGUUCUUAGAUGGUGAAAAAUUCUACUGUAUCCCAGUGAGAUUGUCCAUAGCAGCAGAAGGUGAGUCACAAGUGCAGAUGUUUAAAAAUAAAAAAUAAAAUAUACUAAAACAAGAAGCAGGAGGAGCAGAACAGGCGAGAAGAGCACCAGGAUCAAUCAAGCAGCUCCAGAGAGCAUGAGGCUUCCCCGCAGUGUGUCUCACACCAGCAUUACGCCGGGCAGCCGCAGUGAAAGCACAGCGUCACAGACAGAGAGGACACGUGGUUGGGUAUGAUGGGAGCUUAAACAUAAAUUAAUAAAUAAAAGGGAGAGCCUGAAGGUCAGCCAGUCAUGAGGGCAUUCUGGGACAUCAGAACAGGGUUUCUACAGAAUUCUUUAAAAUCAAAUUCAACACCUUUUUAAAGACCUGAGCAAAUGAAACUUAAUACUGUGUCGCCACCAGAACAAACCCAAAAAGUUUCAGACACGUGGUAGUCUGAAAUCGUGGUCAAAUUUGGACUUUUUCUGCUGUAUGUAGUUCUGGAAACUACAGGUUCUUCUGAGCUGAAACAUAUUUCCUUUUUGCAGUCAGUCCUCGUAAUUCCCCCAAAAGUGAACAAGUAGAACAUUGCAUUUAAAGAUUUCAUUCCAGUUCCACUGAAAGACGCUCUGCUUACCUCUACAUUUAUAAUCUUCUCUACUUAUGGAAAAAGAAUUACAGCUAAUUUUUGAAGAAAUACAAGUUUACAGCAGGAAAUGCUGAUCAUCACUUUCAAUUCAGUUCAUUCAGUUUUAUUUUUAUAGCCUUUUAACAGCAGACCUUGUCAAAAGCAGCUUUACAGAAAUAUAUAAAUUCAUGAUAUCAAUGUAUAAAUUUAUCCCUAAUGAGCGAGCCAGAGGUGAUGGUGGUGAGGAAAAACUCCCUGAGACGAUAUGAGGAAGAAACCUUGAGAGGAACCAGACUGAAAAGGGAACCAUCCUCAUCUGGGUGACACGGAUAGUGCGAUAAUAAAUCAUUCCCUUCUGUAACUGUGUACUACAUGGUCUAAAAGUGCUAAUUGUGUAACCAGGAACUUAAGAGCAACUUAUAAAUAUGUGCAUCAGAGUUAUUUUUGUAUUCAUUGUCGUUUUAACAUGAAGUCUAUUUGGUUGAAGUUAUUAACCGUUCAGUGAUGGAGACUUGAGUGUAAAACUGUUCGUAGUGUUUACAGUCCUAAGGCCACACACACCUGUCUCUGUCUCAUCACCUGAGGUAACAGUCACUUGCAGCAUUUUUGCAGAGCCUCUGCCUUUCAUCAAGCUCGUGUAGCUCUGAAUUUCAGGUCAAAUCAAGCAAAAUGAUUUACUUGUUAGAAAUACUGAACCCUUGACCAUUUCCCCUUUCUAAUCUAGAUUUCUGAAGAGUGGUGUCGUUUUGCAAGUCCUCUCAUGCUGUCAUCUUUCCUACUCAUCCUAAAUGUACUGCUGCAAGAACAUCAAGAGGUCCAACUAGGAUAAAGUCAGGCAAGCUCAUCCAUGACAGUCUGGUACCCACCAGUGGUCCAGCCAGAUGUCGUCGGGUUCUCUGCACUCGUCAGUGACUGGUGUUCGUGUGGAGAGAAAAAGUCACCACUGCUCACAAUGUGGGAAAAGUUUCAGUCAAAAGACCAAGUUAAAAAAACACCAGCUGACUCACGCAGGAGAGAAGCUGUAUCGGUGCUCACAGUGCGAGAGGACUUUUACUAAACAGAAUAAUCUCCAGAGACACCAGCACAUUCACUCAGGAGAGAAGCCGUACCAGUGUUCAGACUGCGGGAAGAGUUUUACACAGAGAGGUAAUCUUCAGAAACACCAGCGCAUCCACACUGGAGAUAAACCGUAUCACUGCUCCGAGUGUGGGAAACGUUUCAGUCAGCAGACUGGUCUCCAGGUGCACCAGCGCAUUCACACGGGAGAGAAGCCCUAUCACUGCCUGGAGUGUGGGAAGAGUUUCAGUAACCAGAGUAAUCUACAACACCACCAACGCAUUCACACAGGAGAGAAGCCGUAUCAGUGCUCGCAGUGUGGGAAGAGCUUCACACAGAGGGGUAACCUCCAGGUUCAUCUGCACAUUCACACAGGAGAGAAGCCGUAUCACUGCCUGGAGUGCGGGAAGAGUUUCAGACAUAGCAGUAAUCUCCAGCAGCACCAGCGCAUUCACACAGGAGAGAAGCCGUAUCAGUGCUCAGACUGUGGAAGGCGCUUUAUGCUAAAGUUUAAUCUCCAGGAACACCAACGCGUUCACACUGGAGAGAAACCGUAUUUCUGCUCGGAGUGUGGGAAGAGCUUUAAUACACACCGAAAUUUUCAAAAACACCAGCUUGUUCAUGCAGAAGACAAGCCGUAUCUCUGCUCGCAGUGUGGGAAGAGUUUCCCUCAAAAGAAUAAGCUCAAGAGACACCAGCUGAUUCACGCAGAAGAGAAGCCGUAUCACUGUGCAGAGUGUGGGAAAGGUUUCACUGAAAAGAAUAAGUUCAAAAUACACCAGCGUAUUCACGCAGGAGAGAAGUUGUACUGCUGCUCGGAGUGUGGUAAAAGCUUUAAUUACCACUGUAGUCUCCAGCGACACAAGCGCAUUCACUCAGGAGAGAAACCAUAUGAGUGCUGCGACUGUGGGAUGAGUUUUACACAGAGCAAUCAUCUCCAGCAGCACCGACGCAUUCACACAGGGGAGAAGCCGUUUCACUGUUCGCAGUGUGGGAAAAACUUCAGGCGGGAGGAAGCUCUCCAAGCGCACCAGCGCAUUCACACAGGAGAAAAGCCGUAUCAGUGCUCAGACUGUGGGAAGAGCUUUACUGAGAGCAGUCGUCUCAUAAAACAUCAGCGCGCUCACAUAGGAGAGAAGCCGUAUAAGUGCUUAGAGUGUGGAAAAGGUUUUACUGAGAGCAGUCGUCUCGUAAAACACCAGCGCAUUCACACAGGAGAGAAGCCGUAUCACUGCUUACAGUGUGGGAAGAGCUUUCGUCGAGAGGACAAUCUCCAGUUACACCAGCGCAUUCACACAGGAGAGAAGCCGUAUCAGUGCUCGCAAUGUGGGAAGAGCUUUACACAAAGGAGUACUCUUCAGCUCCAUCUCUACAUUCACACAGGAGAGAAGCCGUAUCACUGCUCAGACUGCGGGAAGAGUUUCAGACAUAGCAGUAAUCUCCAGCAGCACCAGCGCAUUCACACGGGAGAGAAGCCGUAUCAGUGCUCCGAGUGUGCGAAGAGUUUUACACAGAGGAGUAACCUCCAACAGCACCAGCGCAUUCACACAGGAGAGAAGCCAUACUGCUGCUCCGAAUGUGGGAAGAGUUUUAUACAAAAGUUUAAUCUUCAAGCACACCAACGCGUUCACACUGGAGAGAAACCGUAUUUCUGCUCGGAGUGUGGAAAGAGCUUUAGUACACACAGAAUUUUUCAGCGACACAAGCACAUUUACACAGCGGAGAAUGAAGACACGCUGCAGUUUUCACCAGAAAGUGUGGAAAUGAACUAGUUUUAUUCUAAAUAUUAUAGUGGGUCAAACUGGAUCUGUUAUCCACUUUAUAAAAUCAUUCAUAUAUACGCUUCUUAAUAUUCCUUGCUAUGUACUAGAGUGGAGUUUUCAUCACUAUCAAACUAAUGGACAGUGUGGAAAGUAACAAUGUGCUAUUCCAAACCAUUUCAGGGGAAUAUUCCAUAAAGCCAGCUAACUCUAUAGACCAGGCCUAUUUCAACAAGCCUGGCUAAUUUCUAACAAUCUAAAUAAAUAAGACACAAAUCACACAACUAGCAAUGGAGAUAGUACCUCACCUAUAGAUUUCUGUGUGUAGACAGUAGUGCAGUUAGUAUGGAAUAAAAAGUGCAUCUGUGUAAACAUGAGGAGGUCGACAGCAUCUCAGUAGUGUUGGUAGAUCAGUGUGCACCAGAAUGUAGCGUAAUGAGUCCAGGAGAGAAUUCUGAUUAAGGAGGGAUAUAAACUUAUAGGAAAAUUUCAUCAUUUCAUCGAUCCUUGGCUCCAGAGUACAGUUUUUUUUUUGUUGGUAAUAAAGAUUGUUGCACAUUUUUGUAAAAACAUGAAGUUUCACUUGCGGUCUGUACAGGCAGGACAGCUUUGGAGUAUGGGUGUGACGUGUUCACGUGGUCUCGUGUGGGUGAGAACCCGCCCCAGCUGUAGCACCGGGAGUCUGUAAAGAACAGCGUUGCAGUCGUUGAGUCUGGAGUAAUCAAGCUAUUGGACUCAACGACUGCAGCGCUGUUCUUUACAGACUCCCGGUGCAGGGUCUUAACAAGCUACAACAAGCUACAACUUGCGCAGCCAUUGCAUAAGAAACACUUAUAAUAACAACAUUAAAAAGAGGUGUAUGGGAAGACAUGCCCAUCUCUGUGAUUUAUACAAACCACUUAUCCCAUGUGAAGUGAUCAUAAUUAAUACAGACAUCCAGAAAACAGAUCCCAAGUAGCAUGCUAGUGUCAUCUCACUUUUGCUUUUGGUUCUAAAUCUAGACUGACUAUUCUUAUCUCUUAAAACAUCCUUUUGGACUUAGUUUGGAAACAUUUAGUCUGCGGUCAUCCAGUUUGGACUCGGACAUCCUCAUUGGCGCCUGAUACACAAAUGAAUGCUGUUCAGAAGUGAAGCAUGCCUCAGACACCAUGAUAAACAGAAAUAUAAGGGUUAUAGUGGAUCCGGAGCCAAUCCUGAUGAUACUGGCACAAGGUGGGAGAAUUCGAUGCGGAUGUAAUGCCAGUCCAUCACAGGGCAUCAUGCACACAUACUCUCUCACAUACUCACAGCUAGGGGCGUUUUAGCUUAGCCACUCUGCAGGUUUCUGGAGGAAACCGAGGAAACUACACACAGUAACCUGAGGUCAGGAUCAAACCAGAGACCCUGGAGCUGUGCGAAUGUAACGCUACUCACUGCGCCGCUGCACCACCACGGUAAGGUUUAAUCUCUCCUAAAAUACUUUCCAGCUCUGAGGGACAGUACUGAGCAAAUCAUAUGAGCUUUUAAGAUGGAGGAAAGCAGAUUUCUAGCUGUAUUUAAUGUCUAACUGCUGUUGGUGCGCUGCAAAUGUCGUACCACUAGAUGGCAGUAGAUCUGAGCUGAUCUCCAGACAGCUAUAGUUGAGUAUUAGUUCAUACUGCCAGCUUUUCUUGUUUUGGGGACUGUGGGUUAAAGUUUGAGCAUUGUGCACACACUGAAAUAGUUAUGUCUGUGCUACUAUAUUGAAAUACAGUGCUGUGAAAAAGUAUUUGCCCUUUAUUUUUAAAAGUAUUGAUUUCCUUUAUUUUUGCACAUUUGUCACUAAUUUUUUCAGAUGUAAUAAGACCAGGAGUAUGUGAGGAAGCGUAAAAUACAGUUUUUAAAUGAUUGUUUCAUUUAUUGAAAGAAAAACAUUAUGCAACACCUAUAUUACCAGUGUGAAAAAAGAAUUACUCUCUAUACUUAAGAACUGGUUGUGCCACAUUUAACAGCAACAACUGCAAACAAAUGCUUCUGAUAACAGGAGAGCAGACUUUCACAUCACUGUGGAGGAAUUCUGGCCGCGGUUCACUGCAGAGUUGCUUUAUUUCAGCCACACCGGAGGGCUUUUCAGCAUGAAUUGCCCAUUUAAGCUCCUGGCACAGCAUCUCAAUGGAGUUCAAGUCAGGACUUUGCCUAGGCUGCUCCAGAACCUUCAUUUUGUCUCUUUUAUGCCAUUCAGAAGUCGACUCGUUCUUGUGCAUCUGGUGCUUCAUUGUGCUUGAGCUUCAGAUCACAGACUGAUGACUGGACAUUCUCCUUCAGGAUUUUCUGGUAGAGAGCAGAAUUCAUGGUUUUGUCAGUUAUGGCAAGUCGCCCAGGCCCUGAAGCAGCAAAGCCUCCAGCCUCUCCACACCAUCACACCAUCACACCACCACAGUGUUGCUAGGAACAGACUGUUGCUAUGAUGUUCUUAUUGCGGAAUGCUGUGUUAGCUGUAUGCCAGCUUGGGGCUUGGGGGUCAUCAAGGUGUUUUUAACAAAUGUGAAAAGAGCCUUUAUAUUCUUCUUGGUUAGGAAUGGUUUUCACCUUGCUACUCGCCCGUGGAUACCAUUUUUGCUCAGGUAGUGAUCAAGCCUGGGUGUGUCUCGUCUAAUCGAACCCAAUUACCAAUUAAAUAUGAUUAAUCGGUUGAUUGAGAAACUAAGAGGCAGGUACAUUUGCGCACAUGGCCAGUUGGAAUAAAAGAAAUGAUCAUUUAAAGAGUGUAUUUUGUGUUUACUCAGGUUGUCUUUGUCUUAUAUGACAUUUUGUUUGAAGAUCUGAAAAAAAAAAAAUUAAUUGUGACAAAUAUACAAAAAUAGAAGAAAUCACGAAGGGGGCAAAUACUUUUCGUGGCACUGUACACUACUUUACUUUUACCUGAAUUCUUUAGCAAGCAUGACCCCUAAGUUCAUUACAAACACCAUGAAAAUACCCAUCACAUCCCCAAACUUCCCAGCAUGCCCAGUCAGAAGGUGUUGAUUAGUUUUCUAUGGCAGCAGCUCUGACAGUAGUGCAGGUUUAUAUCAAUGCCCUCGUUCUAUAGUUACUAUAGUAACAACUCAUUCCCAGGGAAUUGUACAGUAGACGCUGGAUUAUAAAAUGUGUGUAAUCGUUGAUAUUUUGUGAGGAGAUGUUUAUGUAACAUGUAUGGAAGGAGUCUCCAGUGUCAGCGCUUUGUAACAGUCAGAGGUAAAGCUGGAACUGUAAGUUUUCUGACGUCUUCAGGAGUUUACGCUUCUUUGCGGUUUCUCAGUAACAUGACAAGCUGCGUAAUUUUUUUGUCUUAUUAAAAGCGAGAAUAAAGAGAGGCUGGUGAGGGAGCGAGCGUUUAAAAGCGUAAGUGAGAACAGGAACUAACUUGUUUCACUGGCAUUGUGCUACAUUUAAUGUAACUAUAAAUGGAUAAAAACUUUGAUGCCAUUCUUUACUCAAUAAAAAAAUGAUGGCAAGUUGCUGUGGUGUAAGAGGAAUAAAACACUUGGGGACGUGCUGUUAUAGGAAAAUAAUCACUUCGGGGUGGUAACAGUAACUCCGCUUCAUCACACCAUCGCGUUAUUCAGUAUUCAGUAUUCAGUACUAUAACAGUGUUUAUUACUUACAAAAUACGUAGAUUAUUUUUAAGUGUAAUUAUUAAAUCACAUGUAAAGGAGGUCCAGCUGAGGCAAACUAAAUACAUUAACAUUUUAUUACAUUAUUUUCAUGUGAACCAAAAGAAUUGUCAGCAUUUUUUCCUUCUCAUUUCAUAAAGGCAGCAUUUUAUUGUUGAACAGUGACCGUUUUCUCUCUCUCUCUCUCUCUCUCUCUCUCUCCCUC